CAGGUCUUUCCAGCACUGCGAGAACGGGUAGUCAGAGCUCUAUAAAUUAAGCUGCCAGAGUCAGAGGCGGUAACGUCUAAAGGAAGGAACACAACACACUUGUUGUAGACGAUUCCGUAGCGCAUGCCUUUGGAGACACUCGCGCCUUCUUUAGGUUACUCGAGUUCAGUUUUGUUAAAAGUAACAAAGUACUACCGGUGUAAAGAGGUAUUGAAUCAAAUAACAUAGUUUUGCCAGUAUUCUGAAUAAAUCGAGAAACAUGCUUGAGCUCCGUAUAUUGACGAGCUUAUCAAUUGUAGGACAUUUUGACAUCAAGUGCUGCAGUAGCCUUCUUUAGUCUGCUAUUAGUUUUAACCCGAUAAUUACCUAAAAACCUAAUAUUGAACUCUGCUCUGCCAAGGACAUCACGAUUGGAGGAUAUCGUUACUGAACUUGUGUUUCUGUGUUCGAAAGUUGUUUUGAGAAUUUAGGUUACUGUACAAGAAGUAACAUGGAUUUUAAGUGUUUGGGCUGCAUGGUGCUGUUCCCCAUCCACAUUCUAUACUACAUAUUGAAAGCAAGCGUGUGCUUACUGCAACCAAGUAGACGGAGAACCCUGACCAAGGAGGUGGUGCUGAUCACAGGCGGGGGGCGAGGUAUUGGUCGUCACCUGGCUCAAGAGUUUGCCAAGCAGGGCGCUAAAAAGGUGAUCCUGUGGGGCCGCACAGAGAUGUGUCUGAAAGAGACAUGCGAAGAGAUCUCCCAAUCAGGAACAGAGUGCCACUACUUCCUGUGCGACGUGGCCAAUCGGGAGGAGGUUUACAAGCAGGCCAAGGUGGUCAGAGAGAAGGUGGGAGAUGUUACGAUCCUGGUGAAUAACGCUGCAGUGGUUCAUGGGAAAAGUCUGAUGGACUGUGACGAUGACGCUCUUUUGAAAUCUCAACACAUCAACACAAUGGGGCAGUUCUGGACUACAAAGGCCUUCCUGCCACGGAUGCUGGAGCUCCAGCAUGGCCACGUAGUCUGUAUAAACUCCAUCCUCUCCCAAUCGCCCAUCCCUGGGGCCAUAGAUUACUGCACCUCCAAGGCCUCCUCCCUGGCCUUCAUGGAGAGCUUGACUCUGGGCCUGCUGGACUGUCCCGGGGUGGGUUGCACCACCGUGCUCCCCUUCCACACCAACACUGAGAUGUUCCAGGGUAUGAGAGUCAGGUUUCCAGCGCUCUUCCCUCCCCUCAAGCCAGAGACAGUUGCUGAAAGGACUGUGGAUGCAGUCAGGACUAACACAGCCUACCUUUACAUGCCCUGGACCAUGCAUGCUCUCGUUGUCCUCAAAAGCUUUAUGCCACAGGCUGCACUUGAAGAGAUCCACAAGUUUUCUGGAACCUAUACCUGCAUGAAUACAUUCAAAGGGAGGACAUAAACACAAAUGAUCCUGAAUGUCAAUACAUAUCAGAGGAACCUCGUUAACUCCAGAGGAUGUUGAAUGGAAGGAUACAUGGGCUACAGGACAUUGGGAAACAAUGAAAGCCUUUUGAAAGUAUGCAGCAAAGUGUCAUGGGGACUUCAGCAUGUAUCGUUGCUUCGGCAGGUAACUUUAGCUUACAAGCUGCUGGAACUUAUCCUGGUCACAUUCUUGAUCUCCUGUGUGUAGUUGGACGGACUUAAUACCAUUCACACAUUGAACAUAAGCCAUGCAAAACUUGCCUGGAUCAACAGCCUUUUUUCCACAAGUCAUUUUUUUUGAUGAUCCUUUCUUUAUCCUACCAAUAAUGUGUCUUUGAAUGGAAUCACAUUAAUAAAAUACUUUUUCAGA